UUAGCCAGUGAGUUAGCAAGCUAACGUUAUUUAGUAGCUAGCUGGCAGAUUCCACUUCCUGUAGUUUAAAAAAACAGGUUAUAAAAACAAAGUUUAAAUUGCCGUGGUACGGUUUUGUUGCUUGCUUGUGCUAGCUAGGGUCUGUUCGUUUUCUUUGAAGUCCUAUUUUUCAUUUUCAACUUCUCUAACUAUGUCUAUUUACAUUACUCCUUAAACUUAUUUUUGUUUUGUUUUUAAAGCUAACGAUUUUAUGCAGUUUAGCUAGAUAACGUUACAACGGUUAACGUUAGCAUCCAUUAACUCAGUUUGUAAACAUGUCUAUUGCUUACAACACAGGAGAAUACAAGGAUAUUCUAUUCUCCUCUCAAAUUAUAUUGAAUAAGAUGAAAUCUAGACGCACCCAAAAGUCUACAAAACCCCGUUUACAAGACCCCAAACUCGCUGAUAAGGGGCACAAGUCAGCAUCGAAGAGCCAUGCCAAACCACCAUGUGAAUCUUAUCCUGCCCAAAAAAAGGCUUUCACUGGGAAACUAUUCUACUUAGAUUUGCCAUCAAACAGAAGAGCAGAGACAUUAGAGAAUGAUAUCAAAAGGUUUGGAGGGACGGUGGAGAAGUUCUUCAGCAAGGAGAUCAAGUACCUGGUGUCUAAUAAGAGAGAGGCCAGGUAUGUGCAGUGUCAUGGCCGUGACUCACUUGUCCCAAGCCCUGACUCUGGGCACAGCUCCCCCCACCCUCGCCCCUGUCCCGGCAGCCACAGAGACAGCCUCAAAGGAAGCUCCCAGGGCCAGGCAGACAUGGUGGUCAUAAGCAGGGGCAAGUCUUUUGUGAAGAGAGUUGUAAAAGACCAGGUGAGAAUACAGGUCAACGAGAUCCUGUCCAAUGCUCUGGAGUGGGGAGUGAAAAUCCUGUACAUUGAUGAUGUAAUAGCUUAUAUGGAAAAGAAGAAAAGGAAUGUUAAGUAUACUGCUGAAAAGCCAACCGCAACCACAUCUGCUGUCAAGAAAAGUGCCAAAGGAGAACCUGCAGGAAAUCCAGCCUUCCAGAAGUAUAAGGGUGGAAGGAUCCGUAAACCCUUUGUAAAGGUAGUGGACUCCAGCAGACAUUACCGUCCAAUUUAUCUGGCCAUGCCGAACAUGCCAGAGUUUAACCUAACGUCAGCUCCCCCCUGCAGUCCCUUCUAUGUAGAGGACCAGGAACACUCUGGGAAGAGACCUAAAGAGCACGGGAACCGAGGGGCGAGAGUGUCAGCCAGUGAGGAGAGGGGGCAGGACCGGGCCAGGAGGAACAGGGAGAAGAAACGUGGAGGCUACUGCGAGUGCUGCACGCUCAAAUACAACAACAUCAAAGCUCACCUGCAGAGUGAGCAGCACAAGGCCUUCUCCAGAAGUGAUGAGUACCUGGUGGUGGACAGGCUCAUCACCACACUGCCCUUCAACUUCAGUCAUGUCAAAACAACACAAACUCCAACCACAAGGUCAAAGUACAGCAUAACCUCCCUGUUGUGUGUUCCUGGACCCAGCAUACAGAUGGAGGGAGGUGUGGAAACCAAAGAGCUGAAGGAGGGAUUAAUGUCCCUCUGGUCUACUACAGUGGAGCACCCUCUCUCCCAGAGUGUGGAAAAACCCUUGGAACAGCCUCGGAAGCGCAGCCUCGGAGCCCCUGUUCCCCACAGCACCAGCGAGGGGGAGAAGAGGUGCUCUUACGUCCCAGACAGACCCCAGCCCAAGCACAGAUCCCUGUCCUGCAAACAACGCUGCCGAAAGGGAUCCCCGCGCAAGCACCCCCAGAGGGCUGGGCUGAGUCAGACACCUGUGUCUAAUGCAGAAAUAGACCCUUCUACCCAUGACUCUGUCGCCAACCCCAGACUUUCCCAUCAGGGCCAGAGAACUCACACAGACAAAGAUGGCCGCUCUUCAUUUAGUCACACAGAGGAUUUACAAUGUGGCGAUCCAGCUGGACGUGUGAAGGUCCCUUCCAGUCAGCACGAAGUGGGUGCUCGUCCCGGGAAUACUGGGGGUGUUCCGGAGCUCGAGGCAGGUGACACGGAGACACACACCCCUCCUCCUGCCAGAACGUUACAGAGGAGGGUCAGGAAUUACAGACGGAAGAGAAGGAAAGUUGAGACGCAGCAGACUGCUCAGGAGCAGGAAAAACCGAGCAAUGUUCCCAGCAGCUCUCUGCUGAACCUCUGGCAGCUGUUCCACUCCAGUGAGGACAUGGAGUGUGAGUUCAGAGGCUUUCCCAACUGUUCGACUCCAGUGAGGACAUAGACUGGGAGUUCCAGGCCUUCCCCAGCUAGAGGAGAGUGGGGGGGGGGGGUUUGGGUAACCCAGAAUCUUCCCAAUAUGAGCGCUAACCUGUUACGGACUCACUGUAUGAACUUAUUGUAUGACAGUUUCAUUGAGUGACAUAGCAGAUCUAUAUGGGAACCUGUUGACUGUGGCUCUUUAAACCUAUGACUUCUAUAAAGGGAAUAGUUCUCUUCAGGUUGGGAGGGUGGUGGCGCAACACUGUUGUGUUGAUUUAACCAUGGCAGCUUUUAGUCUACCUGGCUUUUUUACCAUGACUGGUUUUAUCUGGAGAACAGGCUGGAGCACUAUCCUCAGUCCUGUACAACGCCUGCAUGUGUUCUGGUGUCCAGAGGAACUGCAUGGUUGUGUUUUUGGUAUGUGGUAUUGUACAUUUAAAAAAAAUAAAAAAAAAUAAAAAAAA